UCUAGCUUAACACCGGCUUCGUCUGUCUGCACUUACAGCUAACGGGUGAGACGCAACUAUAUAGUUUGUUCAAUUUGUUUAGCUUAGAACUAACGUCUUACCGUCACUCUGAGGAAAAGGAAAAACGUAUAUAGUUAACGUAUUUGUGACAUCGUUGCCACAUUCAGGUUAGCUUAUGUAGCUAACUUUAUGUUAAUUUAACACUCGCUGCAAGGAAUGAAUGUGACAGCGGUUACCCACUGCUAGCAUAGCUAACAUAAACUUUGGCUAAUAGCGUUAGCUUGUCUGGCUGACAUUGUUCUGCACAACACAGCAUCUCUACAGACUGGACAUUCCUCUUGACAAGCAGAUGAAUUGUCAAGGUAAUCACACCGCUCCACUGAGGGUGCUGGUGACAGGAGGUUCCGGCUUGGUGGGUAGGGCCAUACAGCAUGUGGUCAAACAGGAAGGGGGAGCCAAGGAGGGGGAAGAAUGGACAUUCCUCUCCUCCAAAGAUGCAAAUCUCAUGAAUAUGGAGGAGACACGGGCGGUGUUUGAAAAAUAUCGGCCAACCCAUGUCAUCCACCUGGCUGCUAUGGUUGGGGGGCUUUUCAAAAACAUGAAGUACAACCUGGACUUUUGGAGAAACAAUAUCUACAUCAACGAUAACGUUCUGCAGGCAGCACAUGAAGUUGGCGCAGUCAAGGUUGUUUCCUGCCUAUCCACUUGCAUCUUUCCUGAUAAGACCACCUACCCUAUCGAUGAGACCAUGAUCCAUAACGGUCCACCUCAUGAGUCGAACUUUGGCUAUGCCUAUGCAAAGAGAAUGAUUGACGUCCAUAACAGGGCAUAUUUCCAGCAGCAUGGGCAGUGUUUUACAGCUGUGAUACCCACUAAUGUGUUCGGUCCCCACGACAACUUCAGCAUUGAGGACGGUCAUGUGCUGCCAGGCCUUAUACACAAAGCUUACAUUGCUCAAAAGGAGGGGAAGCCCCUGGUGGUCUGGGGCUCUGGCACUCCCAGAAGACAGUUCAUUUACUCUUUGGACCUGGCUCGUCUCUUUCUGUGGGUCUUGAGAGAGUAUCCAGAAGUCGAUCCAAUCAUUCUUUCCGUUGGAGAGGAAGAUGAAGUGUCCAUCAAAGAAGCAGCAGAAGCAGUUGUGCAAGCGCUUGACUUUAAAGGAGAAGUGGUGUUCGAUACCAGUAAAGCAGACGGCCAGUUCAAAAAGACAGCUAGCAAUGCAAAGCUGCAACGCUACCUGCCCGAUUUCACCUUCACACCCUUCAAACAAGCUUUGAAGGAAACCUGUGAUUGGUUUGUUGCCAACUAUGACUCAGCCCGAAAGUGAAAACUCUAUCAGACAAGUGGUACCAAGUUCUUAAACCCAUGACCCGCUCCGUUGGAAAAGAAGGCUAAUAGUGAAGGAGGAAAUGGCUGAAAGAAAACAAUGUGGUGGUUGAUCUGCAAAGGUAGAUGGUUGUUCCUAAAUGAAGUCUGUCCGUUUGAUUCUGUCACUUGGUGAGCUGGACUGAACGUCUCACUUUAAAUCCACGUCUGCAACACCAUACCAUAUUAUGUUGCUAAUGUUUACUUGAUUCUCUUUAGGUAUAGGGAAUAAUCUAUUGUCUACCUGUGUGUAGUUUCUUUUUCACUAUGGCAGUGUUCAUUUCAGUUGUUAACUGACUGCUUCAAUCUUGGAAUCCAGGUGCUGGCACAAUUUAAUAUUUUCAGUUAAUUAUCUGUCUGUAAACCUUUCUCAGCAGUUUUAUCACUGAAUUACUUUCAGUCUUUAAAGGUUUGGGAUUUGGCAGUUUAAGAGACCUGGCCUUGACUUGCUUUAUUUAAUGAACACAAAGAAGGGUACGGUAUGAGAAGUUUACCCUGUGGUUGGGGUGUUUUUUUGAUAAGUAUUUUGGCACUGAACAAAAUAAAUGUUUUAUACCUAUGAUAUGUC